AUGAACGAGACCCUUGCAUGGUGCGAGUCCAUUGAAGGCAAAGAGAAGUGCCUGACAUCUAUAGAGGCCAUGAUUGACUAUGCCAACCUCUAUGGUGUGGACCAAAACAUUACUAUCCUCCGAACUCGGAUCGACAAUGCAUCUGCGGUCAAGGCAUAUGUUGUGAAAAAAGUGGAGAGAAAGCCUACAAAGGCUAGCUCAACAGUGUGCCAUAACUUGCCCUAUCCCUCUGCUGUCUACCAUUGCCACCAUAUACUUCAAGGAAGAAUCUAUGAGGUGAUGUUGGAAGAAGAUGAUGGGAGCAUUGUGGAUGUGAUUGCGGCGUGCCAUGAAAAUGCCAGAGGGAAGGGUGAGCCAUUACUGUGUAUUGGCGACACCCGAGUCGUAUUGGACCCAGGUUCGGGAAAUCGAGAUCCCCGCUUCUUGAAUAACGAGUUCACAAAGGAGAGCCGUGCUAAAGAAACAACCUCCUUCUUAGAGGAGGAGCUCAAAGUAGGAAUGAACAAAAUUUUCCACCUUCAUAAGGCCGACUUCAACAAUAACUCUCCUUUCCUUCCUCGUGAGGAUGCAGAUGCCAUACCUUUCUCGUCUGCUCAGCUCCCACGCAUAUUGCGCCACUUCUCAAUCCCUCCUGCUUCGAGUGAGGCCCAUGAAAUGCACGCUACCCUUUCGUGCAUCGACAAGGCUUCUAUGCUCCAAGCAUACACUGUGAAGAAAGUGCAGAGAGUGCCUACAAAGCCUAGCUCAGCAGUGUGCCAUAUAAUGCCCUAUCCCUUUGCUGUCUAUAAUUGCCACUAUAGUGAAGAAGGAAGAAUCUACGAGGUGAGCUUGAAAGGGGAAGAUGGGAGCACUGUAGAAGCAAUUGCAAGUUGCCAUGCACAUAAUAAGAACUGGAUCGGUUUGCCAUUUUGGUUUCAAUCCCUUCCUGCAGGCAUUAAGCAGCCGGAUCAAGGUUUUAUUUGCCAUUUCAUACCUGAUACCCACAUUGUAUGGGCUUCUGCUUAA